CAUCUCUCCAUUGGCUGUGAGUUUGUGUGGAGGGCGAUGUCUUUCCUGUAAUCUAGGAGUGGGCGUAUCUUUGUCAGUCGACGGUUUGGUGGAUACGGGAACUCCUGUGAGAUUAGACAAGCUGAAGCAGGAGACACAGCACACAUCGCCGGCCUGCCAUGACGCAAAACCCCGCUAAGCUUCUAAAUGGAGAUACUUUCCACCGGACGAAACAAGACAAGAAAGCUGGCGGAAAUGGGUUCGUGAAAAACCAUUGCUUGUUUCAGCAGCAGCAGAAGAGAUACCGCCGCCCGGCGGAGAAGAACCAUCAUGCUUCAUGCACUUCACUGCUUUACAAAAAGCCAUUUGUGGAGUCAUUUGAGGAGACGCCACUACUGGUGGCCGUCCUCACUUACAUGGGCUACGGCAUCCUUACCAUUUUUGGCUAUCUGCGAGAUUUCUUGAGGGACUGGAAGUUCGAGAAGUGUCAUCUGGCCAGAGAGAGAGAACAGCAGAAGGAUUUUGUUCCACUGUAUCAGGACUUUGAGAACUUCUACACCAGGAAUCUGUACAUGAGGAUUAGAGAUAACUGGAACAGGCCUAUAUGCAGUGUCCCUGGAGCCAAGAUGGACCUGAUGGAGCGGGUCACACCUGACUACAACUGGACCUUUGAACACACAGGGAAGGUUCUGAAGGAUGUUAUUAAUAUGGGCUCGUAUAACUACCUGGGCUUUGCUGAGAAUUCCGGCACAUGUGCUGAUGCUGCUUCUGAGUGCACUGUGAAAUAUGGCGUGGGGGUGAGCAGCACCAGGCAGGAGAUAGGAAAUCUUGACAAGCAUGAGGAGCUGGAGAAGUUGGUGGCCAGGUUUUUAGGGGUGGAGUCAUCCAUGGUGUUUGGAAUGGGCUUUGCUACAAACUCCAUGAAUAUUCCUGCACUCACAGGAAAAGGCUGUCUGGUCUUAAGUGACGAGCUCAAUCAUACCUCUCUGGUUCUGGGUGCCCGUCUCUCUGGCUCUACCAUCCGCGUAUUCAAACACAACAAUAUGCAAAGUCUGGAGAAGUUGCUCCGGGAUGCUAUUGUGCAUGGCCAACCUCGAACCCACCGGCCCUGGAAGAAGAUUCUCAUCCUCGUUGAGGGAAUUUACAGCAUGGAGGGCUCAAUUGUGCGACUUCCUGAGGUCAUUGCUCUAAAGAAAAAGUACAAAGCUUACCUGUACCUGGAUGAGGCCCACAGUAUUGGGGCACUAGGACCAAGAGGCAGAGGUGUGGUGGACUACUUUGGCCUGGAUCCAUCUGACGUUGACAUCAUGAUGGGCACUUUCACCAAGAGCUUUGGUGCUGCUGGAGGGUACAUCGGAGGAAAGAAGGAACUGAUCGAUUACCUCCGUUUACACUCUCACAGUUCAGUUUAUGCUACCUCAAUGUCCCCGCCAGUCACCCAGCAGAUUAUCACUUCUAUGAAGUGCAUAAUGGGAGAGGAUGGCACCACAUUAGGUCAGGAAAGACUUUGUCAGUUGUCAGAAAACACAACCUACUUCCGCAGGAGAUUACAUGAGAUGGGCUUUAUCAUCUAUGGGAACAAUGACUCCCCUGUUGUACCCUUGAUGCUUUACAUGCCAGCUAAAAUCGGAGCAUUUGGGCGGGAGAUGCUGAAAAGGAACAUUGGGACAGUGGUGGUUGGGUUCCCCGCCACACCCAUCAUUGAAUCCCGAGCACGUUUCUGUGUUUCUGCCGCCCACACGAGAGAGAUGCUGGACACAGCUUUAAAUGCCAUCAGUGAAGUUGGGGAUCUUCUCCAGCUGAAAUACUCAAGAAAAAACAGGCCCGGGAGUGAAGGAACUGACUGUUUUUCAUAUCUGGAGAGCCACCAGGACUAGCACUUUCUCACGAUGGUCUGACUGUCUUUCUUCCACCCCAGAGCCACAUAUUUUUCCUGUUUGUCUGUUUCAUGUCUAACUUAUUCAGCAUUUUCAUAUUGAUUCAUUUCAGUGUACACUCAUUGAAGCCCACUAAUUGACCAAAUUUCAAGUCUUACCUCUGGGUUCAGUAACCUAUAUUCAUUUCAGUGUGCAAUAUCAACUUAAUAGAGACUUGACGUCUCUGUGUUCAGCAUCAGAAAUGACCCAGGAUAAAAAGUUAAUGCUUUGGUGUCGGGACUAACAUAUAUGUGCAUUAGCAUGUUGUUCAACCUUCUACACAGUAUAAAACACAUCAGAGUAUACAAAAUCAUUUUCUGAUAUUUUAUAAAAAUAUUAUCAGCGUUUUUGUCUUGUUUUUUCAUUAAAAAUAUCUAAAACAAGAUGAAUUUACUCAGAAUUAAAGUUAGAUACUAAUAUAUAUAUAUAUAUAUAUAUAUAUAUAUAUAAUAAAUAAUAUAUAAAAAUUUUUUUUUACUGCAUUUGCAAUUGAUGCUUUGUUAAUAAAUAUAAAGUAAAAAUCAUACAAAAUUUGUGUUCUCCAUUGGCAUAUUUUUUUUUUUGGUUUUUUUUUCUUGUGUAAAGAACAAAUUUUGUAAGAUUUUUAAACUUAAUUCGAGACAUGUAUAUUAUCUGAAAAGUUUUGCUUUAAAUGAGACUUUAAGGAAAGGAAAAUUUAACUAUAAUGCUGGAAAACAAGACAGAAAUCCUGAUUAUGAAAAUGAUUUUUGCAGUGUACAGAAAAAGUCACCCACACACUUACACAGAAAUGACACCUUUAUGUAUGAGGUGUUUUUCUACAUCAAGUGUCAUCAUUUAAUGAGAAAGAAGCUUUAAAAUUAUAUAUAAACAUAAAAAAAAUCUACUUCUGAAGGAGAUAAUUUAUUAUAGCUAAACAGUAAAUAAGAAUGUGACAGUUCAUAUCCAUAUAAAUAUAUAUCUAUAAAAAUACUGACACAUAUUUAUUAAUACAUUGCAAUGUAUCUGCAUUUAACAUAACAUACUGGCUUUGGUCUUUUAGGUCUCCAAAUCUUAAUCUUUUUAAAAAUGCAAAUUUCAUUGCAUAGGUGAGUUAGCGAGGUCUUAAUGAACUUAUACAGAGGAAUAACUCUGUUUAGUUUUUAUCAAAGCUUUCUAUUAUGGAAAACUAUGAUGUUUUAUCUUAAUUUGAGUUGUGGUACUUUCUACAAAUAGGGUACAGUUUGGUGUCCCUCAUCUGUAUCCUCCUAAUUUGCUCCCUAGUUUUGAUUUAACCAAAGCAAGGGAACAUAUUAUUACAGCAUGGCCACGAUUUAGUAAAACCAGAGAACAAGUUAUUAUAUCGUUUGCAUGAUUUACUGGGAACGAAACUGUAAAAUGUGCUGACGUUCUAUAAGUCGUGACAAAUUGUUAACACAAUAUACAUAUUUUUUCCCACGUUUUGUGCGGGGCUCCGUAGCUUCUAGAGAGAUUUUUUUUUAAAAUUGUAUUUAAUAUAUA